GAGUAAUGUUUCUUAUCAUUGGAUAACGUGCAAGUCAUCCAGUCUGUUCUCCAAACAUUCUUGAGAUUAUUUGUGAGGUACAUCAAAAAAGGCAGGGCUUUUUGCAACUUCUUGUGUUGACUGAGUGCUUGUCUUUACAUUUUAAUGGACGAAAAAGAAAAUGAGUAGUUCUUUAGUAAGAGCUACAGUGAGAGCUGUGAGCAAAAGAAGAUUGCUGCCAACACGGGCACCUCUGAUUCUUACUCCUUCAGCUGUUAGCAAAAUAAAGCAGUUAUUACAAGACAAGCCUGAGUAUAUUGGACUGAAGGUUGGUGUUCGCACACGAGGAUGCAAUGGUCUUUCUUACACACUCGAAUAUGCUAAAGAAAAAGGUUCGGCAGAUGAAGAGGUCCUACAGGAUGGUGUAAGAGUCUUCAUUGAAAGAAAAGCACAGUUGACACUUCUAGGCACUGAAAUGGAUUACAUUGAAGAUAAGCUCUCCAGUGAAUUUGUUUUUAAUAAUCCAAAUAUCAAAGGAACAUGUGGCUGUGGAGAAAGCUUAAUAUUUGACUGUCUCAAGUUUUUGAUUUCGACAUGUCAUAAUUUGGUUUUGACUCCUCAUUCAGUUCUCUUCAGUGGUAUCCAUGUAGUCUAUUCUUUGUUUACUGAAAUAGUAUUGUAUUUGUUGGUGGGAAUAAGAUUAGUUUUUGCAUAAUGUAGUGCGCAUUCCCAUGAGUUCAGUUAUAUGCCAUCUACUUUUAAUACUUGGGCUCUAAAGAUGGUUUGAGUUAACCAGUUCUGAAAGUUCUCAUGAAACAUGCAGCACUGAAGUUUUGUUAACACAAUUGCCACCCUCUUGUGUUCUAACUGCAUUCUUCAUUGAAGUGAAAAUUACAUUCACCACAGAAAUGUUCAUAUAUGUUUUCAUUUAUGGGCUUUCAGUGCAAAUGAUAUGUUAACAAUUUUAGUCUGCUGAUCAACUUUAAAAUUGACUUAAUAUGGGAUGCCUUCAUUUUUAUAUAUUUCUGACUGCUUAUUACACACAACUGCAGCUUUUGAAUUGUAUUGAGAAGGCUAUUUUUAAUUUCUAGUUUAGUACAUUGACUUGCAGUUGUACGUGUAAUGCAACUGUUCAUUAGUAGCUUGUCUUUUGCAUAAAGUGAAAAGAAUGAACAAUAUAUGAAAUGUGCUUUCCUGUAAUAGUGUCUGCCCUGUUGUAAAUGAAAAACUUCAAGGAAUAAGCUGUUUAAAUGUAUACUCAGUGAUUCUUUAGAUAUUUCUGAUUUUUUUAGUCAUACAGCUCAUGGGACUUUGCUUGCCUCUUUUGAUGUAAUUUGUUUUCUUGGGACGGGUGUGGAGAGUGUCUGAUGCUUUUGUUAAUUAAAAAAAAAGUUACUUGUAUUUAAAAUGUAAGCAGCACAGUGGGGCAGGAGUGUUUUACUUUGAUUAGCUGAAAUAGUUAACUUUCUAUCUUUUGUAAGAAUGUGUGUUUGUCCUUAAGUUCUGUUACUCACUGCAAGAUAGGAUUUGGUGUGCAGUUAGAAUUAGUGCUGCAUAUUGAAUUAUUGUUGUACGUUACAUAUACACUGCACUAGCACUGUAGUUACCUUACUGUGCUCUACAUUUUCCCAUUCAAGUUUUAUUCCCUAUAAUCCCAGGUGUGUAGUGGGCACAUGGAAAGUAUUGUCUUGCGUUCUGCACUUCCUAAUAUGAGAUUCAGGUCUGCCAAUUUGUGUAGUCAGGAAGCAGUUGUCAUGUUCAUAGAAAUAAGGGUUCUUAGGGUAUGUUUUUCCAAAACAAAGUCCGAGGAUUAUUUGAAGCAGAAGUCUCUACAGUAACAAUGAGCCAGCACUUGAGAUUCAUUGCGAAGUCCAAGUUUUUCUUUUUUUUUUAAUUUUGUUUUUUGAGUUAUUUCAUGUAAGUAGUUAUUACCACUUAAAUUCAGAUGCAGAUGUUCCUGUUGAACCGCCAACAAAAGCUGUUUAUACAAAGUGAAAAAAAAGAAGCCUUUCUGAUGGAUAGGUUAUACCAAAAGUGAUUUCCAUUUAGAGCUGCACUGAAUUUCUGUGUUACUUUGAAUGUUGUAAACUUGUUUUUGAAUAAAAUGGUAUUAAUUUUGCA